GCUUUGGGGAUCGAACCCAGAACCUUCAGCCUUGAGUCGAGCGUCAGGUUGAGGUUAAUAAUGACUGUUUUGUCUGAUUCAGUAUUGGUUCUUAAUCACGGGUCCUGUGGUGACUUUAAAGGUACUGAGGAUAGAAUGGACAGUGGUUAUAUUUGUAGUGAGGUAUUAUGAUUAUAUUAUUUCGACAGGAAGACGGCCAUCUUGGUUAGUGAAGGUGUUUGAACGUCAUCUUGUACUGGGUCUUGUUCUCUGUGGGCCUGCAUCAUUCUGCAGUAGUGAAGGCCUACUCUAUAUCUGAGAGCAUCACUCGUAUGAGAGGGACAUGACCUUCAAGGUGAAUUAACACUGCCGCGACCGCCUCAACACAGAAGUCACUGGUGACGACUGGUCCGUGUUCUUCAGCUCAGCCAAUCCCACUGACAUCCUCUCACCAGCAGGCGGUGCUGCAGUGCACCUUUUCAAGGGUUUCAAAACGGACCUAGCAAAAUGAUCCACUUUACUACCGCUGGAGUUGAUUGAAUCACGGACUGCAGAAGAGUAGAACGUUUGUGACUUUUUUUCUUUUAUGUGUGUGUUUGUGUGAACUCUGAGAACUCUGCUCACUCUGAGUACUCUGUAGCCUACUCAGAGUGGACAGUGCUCAGAGCUCUCUGUCCAUUCUUCAUUUUUUAAAACAGUGAUUACUAUUCAUCAUUGAAUGAGGUCAUGGAUCAACCACCUAUAAGAGGUUAGAGUAUGAACUGGGAGGGGAACUGGUCCAACUGGUUGGUUCACCAUUUCCUUUGUAUGAGUCGGAUAGUAUGUUGUGGCUCACUUUGACACUGUAGGAAGAAGACUAAGAUACUGUAGUCCACUCUUAUCUAUGAUAGAUCAUAAAUAUGAAUAACUUUGAAUCUUAUCAGUAGGUUGAUCAUUUUUAAGAUUCCAGCUCUGUAGAAUGAUACCUGUUAGUCUGUGGGCAUUGGGGAUCGAACCCUGAACCUUCCAGCCUGGAGUCAAGUGUCAGGUUGACGUUAAUAAUGACUUUUUCUUCUUGUGUGUCCUUGGGUGACUUUAAAGGUACUUAGGACAGAAUGUACAGCUGUUAUAUUUGUAGUGCAGUAUUAUGAUAACAUUAUUUAGACAGCAAGACGGCCAUCUUGCUUUGUGAAGGUGUUUAAACGACUUCUCUUACCGGGUCUUGUUCUCUGUGGGCCUGCCUCACAGAUCUGGUUGUGAUGUCAUACCACAUGAGGAAGUCCAUAUAUGGUCCUGCCUCCAGAGCGGUUUAACCAGCACAGGGAGCAGUUGGUCUCCAGUCUACUAUGGAUGAGGAGAUAGAGGAGGGGGGUCCUACCUCUAAGACCACUCUGUCUGGGGAACAUGGCCGCCGGAGCAAAGCUAAGAGCCCAGAGAAACAGGAUAGAGCAGACUCCCCUGGACCCAGCUGUGUCUCCAUGAAGAGUGACCGCUCUAUGUAUAAUCCUGUUGGGUUUAAAGAUGGAAAUCAGUCUAUUGAGAAGAGAAGAGUCCAGCAGGAGAGAGCAGACUCACCUGGACCCAGCUGUGUCUCCAUGAAGAGUGACCGGUUAAUGGAAAGAAUUAACUGUUUUGAACCAAAAAGAGUCCAGCAGCAGAGAGCAGACUCCCCUGGACCCAGCUGUGUCUCUAUGAAGAGUGACCGCUCUAUGGAUCAUCCUCCUCUCUUUAAAGAUGGACACCCCUCCAGAGAGGAGAGACAACCCCACCAGAGGUCAAAGGUUACCAGUGCUCAGUCUGUACAGCAGCAUCAAAGAGAGCUGAUCAUGAGGGCUGAGAAGAACGCACAAGCUUUCCUAGACAAGGAGCUGAAGAAGCUCUGGAGAGAUCUCUUCUCAGAUUACCCACAAUGCUCAGAGAGUCAGAGGGAGGAGGAGGAGGUGGAUGGUAAGAACGAGGAGCAGAGGAGGCGCGCCAUACAGGGAGUGGUGGAGAUCACAAAGCUCUGCCUGAUGGAGAUGAACCAGGAGGAACUGGCCGACACACUGUGGGGGGGAUCUGCUGCUGUUGAGUGCCAACAUAAAAUCAAGUCUCAUUUGAAGAAGAAGUUCAAGUUUGUGUCUGAGGGAAUCCCUAAAGCAGGAAAUCAAUCGGGUCUGAAUGACUUCUACACAGAGCUCUUCAUCACAGAGAGAGGCAGUGGAGAGGUCAACAAAGAACAUGAGGUCAGACUGAUUGAAACAGCUUCCAGGAAACCAGCCAAGGAAGAAACACCAAUUAAAUGUGAAGACAUCUUUAAACCCUUACCUGGACACGAUCAACCAAUCAGAACAAUAUUGACAACUGGAGUGGCCGGCAUUGGUAAAACCAUCGUAACGCAAAAGUUCACUCUGGACUGGGCUGAAGGCAAAGCCAACCAUGACAUACACUUCGCAUUUCUUUUAACUUUCAGAGAGCUGAAUUUACUGAAAGAAAAAGAGUUUAGCUUGGUGGAACUUCUUUAUCACUUUUUUAGUGAGACUAAAGAAGCAGGAAUCUGCAGAUAUGAACUGUUCGAAGUUGUCUUCAUCUUGGAUGGUCUGGAUGAGUGUCGACUUCCUCUGAACUUCCAGAACAACCAGACCUGGACUGAUGUCAAAGAGCCGUCCUCGGUGGAUGUGCUGCUGACAAACCUCAUCAGGGGCGACCUGCUUCCCUCCGCUCGCAUCUGGAUAACCACACGCCCUGCGGCAGCCAAUCGGAUCCCUGCUGAGUGUGUUGACAUGGUAACAGAGGUGAGGGGGUUCACCGACUCACAAAAGGAGGAGUAUUUCAGUAAGAGAUUCAAAGACGAGAAGCUGGCCAACACAAUCAUCUCCCACGUCAAGAAAUCACGAAGCCUCCACAUCAUGUGUCACAUCCCAGUCUUCUGUUGGAUCACUGCAACAGUUCUCAAGGACAUCUUAAAAAAAUCCCAGAGAGAAGAGAUGCCCAAGACCGUGACUCAGAUGUACAGCCACUUCCUGAGGGUUCAGUCGAUACAGGGGGACAGGAAGUAUCAUGGGAGAGCUGACACGGAUCCAUACUGGGGUCCAGAGAACAGGAAGAUUGUUUUUUCUUUGGGAAAACUGGCUUUUAACCAGCUGGAGAAAGGCAACCUGAUCUUCUACGAGGCAGACCUGGCAGAGUGUGACAUCGAUAUCAGAGCAGCCUCAGUGUACUCAGGAGUGUUCACUCAGAUCUUUAAAGAGGAGUGUGGGAUGUACCAGGACAGGGUGUUCUGCUUUGUCCAUCUGAGCCUCCAGGAGUUUCUGGCUGCCCUUUAUGUCUUUCUGUCCUUCAUCAACGAUGGUGUCAAUCUGCUCUCAGAAGAACCACCCACCUCUGGGGAAGAUAAACUCCUCCUCCUCUACCAGAAUGGUGUGGACAAGGCCUUACAGAGUGAGAACGGACAGCUGGACUUGUUCCUCCUCUUCCUCCUGGGCCUCUCUCUGGAGAAAAAUCAGAUUGUCCUACGAGGUCUGCUGGGAUCGACAGGAACUAGCUCACUGACCAAUACAAAAACAGUGUCUUACAUCAAGGAGAAAAUAGAUGGAGAUCUCUCUCCAGAGAAAAGCAUCAAUCUGUUCCAUUGUCUGAAUGAGCUGAACGACCGUUCUCUAGUGAAGGAGAUCGAACAGUACCUGACAUCAUCAAGUCUCUCCGGAGAAUCUCUCUCUCCUGCUCAACUGUCUGCUCUGGCCUUCAUCCUAGUGACAUCAGAAGAGGAGCUGGACGUGUUUGACCUGAAGAAAUACUCUGCUUCAGAGGAGGGUCUUCUGAGGCUGCUGCCAGUGGUCAAAGCCUCCAAAACAUCUCUGCUGAAUAGCUGUCAUCUGUCAGAGAGAUGCUGUGAAGCUCUAACCUCAGUUCUCAGCUCCAACUUCUCUAGUCUGAGAGAGCUGGACCUGAGUACCAAUCGGCUGAAGGAUUCAGGAGUGAAGCUGCUCUCUGCUGGACUGGGGAGUCCACACUGUACACUGGAAACUCUCAGGCUGAACAGCUGUUAUCUGUCAGAGAGAUGCUGUGAAGCUCUGGCCUCAGUUCUCAGCUCCAACUCCUCUCGUCUGAGAGAGCUGGACCUGAGUACCAAUGAUCUGCAGGAUUCAGGAGUGAAGCUGCUCUCUGAUGGACUGGGGAGUCCACAAUGUAAACUGGAAACACUCAGCUUGUCUGGCUGCCUGGUCACACAGGAAGGCUAUGCUUCUCUGGCCUCAGCUCUGAGCUCCAACCCCUCCCAUCUGAGAGAGCUGGACCUGAGCUACAAUCACCCAGGAGACUCUGGAGCUGCGCUGCUCUCUGCUGGACUGGAGGAUCCACGCUGGAGACUGGACACUCUCAGUGUGGAGCACGGUGGAGUGUGGAGGCUGAGACCAGCUCUAAAGAAGUAUGCCUGUGAACUCACACUGGACCCCAACACGGCCCACAGACGACUCUCUCUGUCUGAGGACAACAGAAAGGUGACGGUGGUUGGAGAGGACCAGUUGUAUCCGGAUCACCCAGAGAGAUUUGACUCCUGGUACCAGGUGUUGGGUAGAGAGGCUCUCACUGGCCGCUGUUACUGGGAGGUAGAGAGGGAAGGAGGUGUUGUUAUAGGAGUGACAUACAGAGGAAUCACAAGGAGAGGAGGGGGUGAAGACAGCUCGCUCGGAUGGAACAACAAGUCCUGGAUUCUUCAUUGUUAUGAUGAUGAUAGUUACUAUGCCUGGUACAACGGUAGAGUAACAGCCAUCCCUCUCCCCCCCGCUGGCUCCACCAGAGUAGGAGUGUAUCUGGACCGGCCUGCUGGCUCUCUGUCCUUCUACAGAGUGUCCCCAGGUGGAGGAGGGUCCUCAGACACACUGACACACCUCCACACCUUCUGGUCCUCCUUCACCCAGGAGGACCUCCUCCCUGGGGUUGGGUUUGGGUUAUGGGGGGGGGGAUUAGUAGUGCUACCUGGCGAGCAGGCUCAGCGGUGUGGCUCAGCGUCUCUGUGUAAGUUAUAGUCUCUCUGUCUGUCUGUCUGUCUGUCUGUCUGUCUGUCUGUCUGUCUGUCUGUCUGUCUGUCUGUCUGAUGACACACAUGAACACAAACAUGCAUAUGUGAACACACACACGGGUAUAUUACCACACACACAUAUAAAUACACAUACGCACAUAUAGUAACGCACACACAUGCAAGCGCACACACACGCAUAUAUGAAUUAACAUAAAGACACACACAUAUAAACAUACACGCAUGCACAGACGCAUAUAUAAACACACAUAUUACAAACACGUAAAAGGAACACAAACAUGCACGCACACACACACGUGUAUAUGAACAAAAACAAACACGUAUAUAUGAACACACAGAAAACAAGUGCGUACAUAUGAACACGCGCCACGUGCAAACACACACCAUAUUAUAAACACUCAAAUAUACACACAGACACACACGUGCAAACGCACACUCACUGCACAAAUGCAUAUAUAACUGUGUGCGCGCCCGCAUGCACGCGCCGCACACGCAUCUAUGAACACACACACACGCAGAUAUGAACACACACACACACACAUAUAUGAACACACACACACGCAGAUAUGAACACACACACGCAUAUAUGAACACACGCAGAUAUGAACACACACAUGUAUAUAUUAACACACACACUGUGUUUUGGUGAUUUAUCAUGUGCUCAACUAUAAUCCAAAUGCUACAUUUUCUUGGUCUUCUUAAAGUUGAUCUUCAUUAACCAUGAAAGGUAGAGACUUUUAAGAUCUUCCAUCAGGUUAACUUAGCAGCUUUUACAAAGACAAUAUUUUUAAUGUGAAAUCUAUUUUAAUAAUUGAUUUUUGGCAAAUGUUAACAUUUUUAUAGUGCAAUAUUGUGUCUAUUUUCAGACUUUAACAGUUUCAUACUGCAGGGCUCUGAUAUCAGUUUAUAUUUUGAUAAGCCUAACAUGAUGUACAGCAGAACUUAUAUUAUAUUCAUCGUGCAAGCGGUCUAUGGGAAAAGCUAUAGAUCAUGUUGUGACUUUAAACUGAGUAUUGAUUCCUUGUGUUCUGUGGGGAACAACACAGCAGCAGAACAUGUUCAGUUAUUAAAGAUAUGUGCACACCUGUUUAUGAUUGGUAAUGUCUGCUGCAUCUAUUGUUUGAGUCCUUGUUUUUAUUGUGUACAUGUAAGGGACUGUUCUUCUAUUGUUUGAGUCCUUGUGUUUAUUGUGUUCAUGUAAGGGACUGUUCUUCUAUUGUUUGAGUCCUUGUGUUUAUUGUGUUCAUGUAAGGGACUGUUCUUCUAUUGCUUGAGUCCUUGUGUUUAUUGUGUUCAUGUAAGGGACUGUUCUUCUAUUGUUUGAGUCCUUGUGUUUAUUGUGUUCAUGUAAGGGACUGCUCUUCUAUUGAUUGAGUCCUUGUGUUUAUUGUGUUCAUGUAAGGGACUGUUUUUCUGUUGUCCUGGUUAAUAAAGCAUAAUGGUGAUAAACAA